AUGAGAUUAGUUAAAGUUGACAACAAAAAUACUACAACAAAUGUAGUUGUACCAAAGAAAACAAGUCCAUUGAAGAAAAAUACUUCUGGAUCCAAUAGUGGUAGAAAAUCAGCUGGAAAAGAUUCAAACAACCAAAUGGUUUACUUCAAGGAUUUAGAAUCAAUGUCCACUGCCAACUCACAGACAAACAAAGGAAAGGAAGUAAAGUCUCUCACUUCCUACUAUGAGAAUCUUAAUAAAUCGGUCAGCUCAAAACCAAAUGUACUAUCAUCAUCACAAUCGAGCAAUUCACUUGCUCUAUUGAAAAAGAGAGCAUCCAAUUCCAAUAACACCACCACCACUACCAAGCCUGCUUCUCCAGCUAAACAACAACAACAAUCACCAAAACAAUCACCAAAACAACAAGUAGUUGUAAAUGAAGUUGUUCCAAUGGAAAUUAAUCAACCAAUUUCAUUCAACUCUGCCGAUUCCACUCCAAUUCAAUCGCUAUCACCAAAAGUCAACAAGUCAACUUCUAUUGUCAUUGCUGCUGCUGUUGAUACUCCAGUUGAAGUUGCUGCUGUUAACGUCAUCAAGACACCACCAGUAGCUCCAUCACCAUCGAAAGUACCAAAGGAAGUUGAAACCAUUCGUGAAACCGUUGAGGUCUAUCGUACAAAGAUCGUGGAGUUGGAGAAGCGUUUGGAGCGAGAGAUCCUAUCAUCCAAGUCAUUGAAGCAAGAGUUGAUGCUGAUGAACGAUGUCCACAAGAAGGAAGUCCAACAGCUACACCGUGAGAUAGAUGAGCGUGAAGAGCACGUCGAGGAACUCUACGAGAAGUUGGAGACCAAAGAGUACUCGUUGAUGGAUAUCGACCAGUAUAAAGAGGAGAUCAACGGUAAGAACAAUGUGAUUGAGCGUCUCGAGGAGGAAAUACACCAGGCCGAAGAGUACUGCUAUGAGAUUCGCAAGGAGCAAGAGAAAGAACGUCGUCUCAUCGAGGACUACAAGAAGGAGUUGCUCGAUUGCCAGACUCUAGUUGCCUACUACCAAGACGAACUCGGUUUGAAGAGCAACGAACUCAAUGAGCUGCAACGUCGUUUCGCCGGACAAUCCGACGAGUUGAAACAAUACAAGCACAAGAUUCAAUCGUUCCUCCAACUACUCGAUACUCAAGAGCGUUUGAAAGAACAACUUGUAUCAUCACAACAACAACAUCAACAACAAUCAUCAAUUAAAUCACCAGUUUCAACAUCAUCAUCAUCACAAAUGCAAACACCAAAGAAAGAGAAUUCCUCUUCCUAUUUCAACUCUUCCAAUCAAACACCAGUCUCGGCCAAGAAGAAGACAUCCUCCAUUACAACCGCUGUCAAUACAUCGAUCAACAACAACAAUAACAGUGUAUUCAAAUCACCAAAUCCACUCACCAAACAAAGAACUCCAAAGAAAGUAUUAUGUUCCCCAAGAUCCGUUAUGGAAUAUAUCUAA